AUGAAUCACAACUGCACCUACGAUUUGCAGAAUUGGGUCCUGCCUCGCAUUCGACGCAGUCUCCGGGCGGGCUUUGAGCAUCUUGUACCUGAACUUCUCCAACGGCAACUCUCUGCAGUCACUUUCGAUGGAGGGCCCGCUGCUGCUCUGAUCGAUCAAUUCAAACCAGACACCGCAUUUGUGGUGGUUGGCGGCAAUUAUCUCACGAACACCAACCGAGCUCCUGGUGACUUGAAAGUGUCGUGGAAAUAG